CCAACAGCUUAAGAACCAACUCCCCCCGCUGCUUGGAAUCACUAGCAAACGUUGAUUUCCCCUCCCCAGCACAACAAAACCACCAUGGCCGACCCAUCCUUCUACACUUACCCCUCCCCACUCGCUGGUUACAAGAACGAGCCUCCUCUUCCAACAACUCUCAAUGUGAACAAUAGAUCCCUUUACAAUCCUGAGACGGGAAACCUUAGCGCUGCAUAUGAGCAGUUUCCGGAGCCAAUCGAUAAUGGACAGAAUCCCGGGGGUUUUGAUGUCCACGUUUACUUUUAUCAGAACAAUCCCGAGCAGGUACAAUUCGCAAAGGAAUUAUGGGAACGGGUUCGGCGGGAAUUUCCCGAACUCCGCAUUUAUAAAAUUUUCGACAAGCCAAUCGGUCCCCAUACCCUUGCGAUGUUCGAGGUAAACAUUCUAACUCCCACCCAAUUCGGAGCAUUCAUACCCUGGCUUGUCGUAAACCGUGGUCCACUCAGCGUCCUCCUUCACCCAAACACCGACGAUCCACUCAGAGACCACACCCAACGGGCCACCUGGCUGGGGAGGGAAGUCCCGGUCGAUACCGGCCUUUUGAGAGGGUUUUUGAAGAAAGCGGGGAUAUGAUGUGGAUUCAUUCAAUAGGGGAUGUGGGGUGUAUUAGAAGAGAUAUGCAGCAUUUAGGUUGUUUA